AUUCCUAUUACGGUAGAGCUAAAGUGUUCAAGUCACUGGUGUGAAAUUAGCUUUAAUGAAGGAAAGAUUAGAAGGAACCUUUUGUUCCGCUUGACCGUGUUGCUUGAGGGACAUAGUUCGCAGUAGUACAGCAGCGUGCUUGGGAUGAGAACGUGUGAUGGUGCGCUAACCUAAAAAUUGUUUUGUUGAAGUUUAAAUUGUAAACAUCUGAGUACAUGCUGUAGUCGACUUUAGAUUAUUUCAAACCGGAAGUCCGUUGUUGAGUUACCGCGGACAAAUCUGGAAUAAACUAUGAAGAAGAAACUUCGCCAGAGUGGGGAGGCUCCUUCGGGGGGUCAGUCAGAUGACUACGUGGUGGGUCAGGUUUCAGGAAGUUUGUUCCAGAAAAACUCUGCAGCCUCUGGAUCUCUGUCGGCUUUAUUCGGCACUGCUGCACCAGCUGCACCAAUUGUGUUCCAGCCUGCACCUGAGCCAGUUCAGAGGAGCACAGAAACAAAGCAGCAAGAGAAAGAUGCUCCAGAGGUCAAAGGUCAGCACAGCCAGAAGAAGAAGAAGCCGCCAAAGCAAAAAUCAGCAGCCGACCAGAAGCUGGAAAACAGGGAGAGCAGUUUACAGAAUGCAGAUGAGGAUGAGCGAGGGCAGGGCACAUCCAUGCAGGGGAAGAGGAAGAGGAAGGAGCUGGGCGAAGAGAAGGAUGUAGAGCACUGGGUGAUGAAGAGACAGAGGCUGAAGGCCAGCCGAGAGGAGGAGUCCAUGAAGAGGAAGAGGACGGUGUUUGUCGGCAACCUGCCCGUCAGCUGCACCAAGAAGACCGUACGGAGCCUCUUCAGGGAUAAAGGAUCCAUCGAGUCCAUCCGGUUUCGCUCUGUGGUCAGAGAGGAUCCGUCCAUGUCCCGCAGAGUAGCAGCUAUCACACGCAAAAUCCAUCCCAAGAAGCAAAGCAUUAACGCCUACGUGGUGUUUAAAGACGAGGAGGCGGUGGCCAAGGCGCUGGAGAGGAACGGCACGGAGAUAGAGGACAACUUCCACGUCCGGGUGGACAGAGUGACUGACAGCUCUUCACACGAUCAUAAACGUUCCGUGUUCGUGGGGAACCUUCCUUUCGAGAUAAAUGAGCUUGUGUUUCGACGGCAUUUUGAGGAGUGCGGCGCGGUGGAGGCCGUACGCCUGGUCCGAGACCAGAACUCUGGAAUGGGGAAAGGAUUCGGUUACGUCCUGUUUGAGAGUCCUGACUCAGUGCAGCUGGCACUAAAACUGGACGGCUCGAAGCUGGAGGGCAGGUCGAUCCGGGUGAAGAGGUCGGUGAAGAAAGAGAAGCAGAAGAAUAAAACCGACAGCAGCAGAAACACAGGGAGGCCGAGCCGGGGCCCCAGCAAGCACCCUACAAAGGGACCUGUGAGGGCCUCGGAGCGGGAGAAAGGAGGCACUCGGGGAGGUUUCAAGUCUCCAUGGAAGUCCACUAGAAACCAGCACAAGUCACACAAAUGCCCCACCUCGUUCAAAGGAGAGAUGGUGGAGCCAAACAAGAAGAACAAGAAAAGACUGAAGAAGAAACCGAAGCCAAACAAGACAGUUCAUAUCUGAGCUCUGAGGAAUCCAGUUUACAGGAACACGUGUCUGAGGACUGUCCUGACCGAAGCCAGCAGUGACCCAGCAUUUAACUGAGAACCACAGCAUGGGUUUGGUCCCAGCAGCACGUUCUCCGUCUGAUCUGGGAAACUAAGAACUGCCCUUCUGUCCCGACAAAGUCAGUUCAUCCACUUACCUCCUGUCUGUGAAACCAUCUGGUCCAAUAAGGGUUCCAAUUCUCUACAACAGGUGCCAAAAACCAAAUAGACGAAAAAACUGCCAAGUUGAAUCACACUUGUGUCAAACUCUGACAUCAUUUGUAACAUUUUAUCCGGCUGUUGUAUUUCAUUACUAUCGAGUUAGCAUGUUCAGGUACAUGUGGUAGUUUUUGCUAUUAACUUGUAAAUCUGUGAUUUUUGAGUGGAAACUAGCUAGUUGUAAUGUUUCAGAGCUCAGCGUUGAUUCAGCUUUGUUAAAACAUCUGUAGAUGGUCCGACGGCAGCAGCUGAUACGAACCUGACAAAGCAGAAGUGGGGCCGUGCUGAGACUCAGACCCCCUGAAGUCCAUCUACAGCUGGACUCUGUGUUAUAGAUGGACACCAAAGUCUGAUUCUGCAGCUGUUUGUCUUUUCUGUUUCCUUUGAAAAAUAAUGUUGGUGUUUAGUUAGGAUUUCCUUCUGCAGAGACUUGGUGCAGCUGUUGGUGUAGGCCUUCAGUCGGCCUACAGCAUGACACCCACCGUCCUGGCUUGGACCUCAUUUAGAUUAUGAGCCAGUCCACAUGUGGAGACUUGUCCCAAAAUAAAACUCAGCAGACUCAGCUUCAUAGUCUGUUCACAUUUUUAUUUUUUCUUCUUUAAAAUGAACAAAACUUUAUCACAUUUUAAAAAGUGUUUACACUGAACAGAAAGUCGAGUGACAACAAAACAAUAAAUACUCUGAUGCAUCCAAGCA